CAAGCGCGCGAGGAAGAAUCCCUUAUACCGGCCCUGGAAGUCGCAGUUGAUGCAGGAUAUCGUCAUAUCGAUACAGCUUAUCUUUAUCGAAAUGAACCUAUCGUCGGGAAAGCUCUUCAGAAGAUUUUCAGUAAAGGAGCUGUGGAAAGAAAAGACUUGUUUAUUACCACAAAGCUUCCUGUAAAUGGCUUUCAUACUAAGGAUGUGAAAUACUUCUGCCAGAAAUCGUUGUCCAACUUGCAACUCUCGUAUGUUGACCUCUACUUGAUCCAUUGUCCUAUGGCGUCAAAGAGAACAGAAAUAGAUGACGAGGCGUACAGCGUAGAUGAAAAUGGAACUUAUCAAGGAGAUAACACAGUCGACUUAGUGAAAACUUGGAAGGCAAUGGAAGAGCUUGUUGACGAAGGGUUAGUAAAAUCCAUUGGACUCUCAAACUUCAACAGUCUGCAAAUUCAGAGAAUAUAUGAGCAAGCAACAAUUAAACCUGCCAAUUUACAGGUUGAGUGUCAUGCUUAUCUUCCUCAAUAUGAGCUACAAGACUUUUGUAAGAAACUGAAUAUUUCUUUCACAGCAUAUGGUCCUCUUGCAUCUCCUGGAUAUAUUGAAUUUAUGGUAAAUAUAGGAAUGGGUGCUCCAAAGGAACGCCUUCUAGAUGAUGGUAAAUUGAAGCCAAUUUGUGCGAAACAUGGGAAGACUCCAGCUCAGGUUCUUUUAAGGUAUCUGGUGCAACGUAACAUUGCCGUCAUUCCAAAGAGCAUAAAUCCUGAAAGGAUAAAAGAGAAUAUUCAGAUUUUUGACUUUGAACUGGAUGAUGAGGAUAACUCUGCUUUGAAAGCAAUGCAGAAAAAUCUUCGUUACUUUGAAUUCAACUUUAUGAAAGGAAUGAAGGACCAUCCGGAAUAUCCUUUCAAGAUACCUUUCUAA